UGCGUUGCGUUGCACCGUUUCUCUGAAUGAAGAAAUUGUUAACGUUGUCGCCCAGACACAGUGUGUUCUCUGUGCGCUUGUGUUCAUAACCUGACAGAAGAUGAAUAACACUUAACCUAAAUUACACGACCAUUUUAAUGAAGAUGGUUGUCUUCUGGGUUGUAGCACCUUGUAGUCUGGUAGAAGUUUACCAACGUUUUAGAGGUCCACGUAUCGAACCCAGACCAAACGGUGCUACAACCCAGAAGACUGCUCGAUCGUGUCUUUGCUGUGCGGUGGUUGGCUUCGUGUUGCGAAGUGUGCUCUUAGAGGCGCAGCUCCCCUGACUCGGUAGUAUCAGUAUUUUGUUGCGCAGUUGAUAUAUUCAGUGUGAAUUCAUCAUCACCACAACCCUGAAGCAAUUACUGAAUUCUCCUUGUAGGUAGGAAACUUCUCCUACACAGGUGUGUUGCGGGACAGCUGCGUAGCAAACUGAAGGCUACAUCACUGAGGUUACAUAUGAAGUAUAUAUAUAUAGGAGGAUGACGUUAAAAUGUGCAGACGUGAACGUCCUUGAAUUGGUUCGCAUUCCAAUCGAGUUUGUGGCUUCCUUCAUAAUCUUCUGGUACCAAAACAAUGCAAAUUUUUAACAAAUGCAGGCAAUCGGUGAGUCCUGCUUGACCUCGCUCUGAAGCCAAAAACUUCCAUCGGACAGGCGGCGACUGUCUCGCCGAAGUUUAACAGUUAUUCCCCGAACGCCUUCGUCCCACGAAGUCCCACAGUCUGAAGGUCGAACGCUCCCGACACUCGCCUAAGCGCCACGACGCAGGAGCGUAUGGAGGGAGUGGAGGAAAAGCUCCGUGUAUUUUUAAACUCGCACUGGGAAUGUGCCCCCUACACCCGCUAACAGGAAGAUAUGCGAGUCCCAGAACCAGUCUGGAAAAGAGAGAAUACAAGAGACCUCUACCUACCACGAACAAAAUCCCGCGUCCGGCCACCUCGUAGUUCUGUUCACACCCAUAACAAGUUUAAUUGUUUCAGACAGCGCGAUAAUUACUUUUUAAUUAAUUAUGUUCUUGCGUCAUUCAUCACGCAAGAUGAAUAGUUAAGUGGUCUAAAUGAUGUUUACACCAAGUAUCACAGAAGUCGUUUCGAAUGCCUCCCUUCGGAAUCCUGAAUGACGCCAAGCCGUGGUUAUUUGAAACACCCUGUAGGCUCAGCAGCCAUGAUCGUCUGCAGUGAAAGUGGCUCCACUGUUGUGGGAUGACGCAUGCGCAGUGGGUGCUCGCUUCAGAACGAGGCGAAGGCAGUGGCGGCUUCUUAUUGGCCGCCGCUGAAGUGCAAAAAUUAGCAAAUGCUGAGUGGAGUGAAUUUUCCAAAAUGCCCAUUGGAGCACAUGUAAAAUAGUUAUGAUGCCAUGUGCUCAUUAAUCACGGCCGGGUGGAGCCUACCGAUCGCCACUGAUACGAAAUUAAUUACUAACUUCAACAUUCUUAGUCUCAAGUCACAGAAUCUGUGUGGAUGUCAGUGACUUGGCUUAACUGAUUGAGCGAAGUUUUCACACGGGAGACGCUGAUUAUUCAAACAAAAGUCUGGGAAAAAGUCAUCAUGAAACAAAGAAAGCCUGAGUGUGGCUGAACGUGGCUUUGCCUGGAGACUUCAACGCUGGGUUGGGACAGAAACUGCGAAGUCGCGCUGUACUUGGUAACUCCACAGUCUACGUAACUAAGCACAGGACGUUGCAGUUUCUGUUGGUGACGGAAAAUUCUUGCGUAAUUCCCAUAUGACAACCUGGGCGAUUUUUUGAAAGAUGGUCUUCGCCCGCAAGUCCAUAAGGACACUGCGUUUCCUUCCAGUGGACUUUCUUAAGAUGAAAGUCAUGGAGGCGUGGAAUUAAACACACAUUUUACACUCGCGGAAGUGCUUUAUCAUUACAGUGCGAUGCUUGGACACAGGGGUGAAUUUAUAAGUGCAAACCCACGCAAGCGCACCAAAAUAUUUGCUUUGAUCUAUCCUGCAGUCGUAAAAACAGCGCCGUAAUCGAUGUUGUUGGGUGAAUGAAGUCUUCUGUCAUUACGUGUCUCGCGUAGGCGCAGAUUUGUCCAGGUUAUGCAACGCUCGCGUCCUUGGCCCACCGCCCACUGCAGCCGGCCUGCCUGCCUUACCAGUCUCCGCUCAGACAUGAAGCAGUUCGCACCGCUCUGUUUGCUGUUGACCGUGAUUCGUGCCCAGCCACGGGGCGAGCUCUUCAGGACAGAGCUCUUUCCUGAACAGCUUCAACAACAGCAGGUUCAGUUAAUUCAGCGACAGAUUCAGGACCACUUGCAGCUGCUGCAGGCGCAGGCCCAGGCGUCCAGGAGCGCGGAGCAGCAGAUACUAAUUCAGCGGCAACAGUCGGAACUCCUACAGCAGCUCCAGGAUGCGCAGCGGCAGCAACAGGAACUACAGAGGCGCUUGCAGGAACAGCUGAACGGAAUCAGGCAGCAACCGUUCCAGCCUCCAGUGCCUCAGGUACAAGCGAUACGACAGUUCCAGCCUCCAGUGCCUCAGUUUCAGGCCCAGCCCCAGGAAGCGGUGCGGUUCCCCUCAGAGCCCGAGCCGGUGGACCAGCCCCCUCACUGCUCCACUGUGAGCGGCGAGCCCGGUCUCUGCCGGCCCCUCGUCAAAUGCAUCACGUUCUACGCCGAGGUGCCCGAACUCCGAAGGCAACCCUGCAGACUGCAGGGACAGGAGGUUGGCGUUUGCUGUCCUCUGAGGAAGAGGCCGUCUGUUGUUCCUGCCGGGCUGGAUCGUCCGAACCACGGCCCGUUCAGCCCCCAGCAGCUGAACGCUGCGGCCGCCUUGGCUCUGGAGCGGGUGAGACAGCGCCUCCAGUUCGUGGCGUCGCUCUUCGCCAGCAACGUCAUCGUACAGGUGGGGACGCCCGCGGCCUGGCACCAGGAGUUCUUCCAGACGACGAACGCGACCUUGCAGCAGGGCGAAGAGGCGCAGAAGGGCGUGGAGGCCAGCGUGAGUCUAGUGAACGAGUUCCAGUUGAGCCCGGACCAAGGACGCUUCGCCCUGCCCACGUUCAGCAUCCUGAACACCGUCAUCGCGGACACGUGUCGUCGCCCCGCCAACUGCCGUCCGGACAAAUACCGCACGGCUGACGGAUCCUGUAACAACCUGCAGAACGAGAGAUGGGGGCUCGCGGGCUCGGCCCUGCAGAGAGUGCUGCCACCAAAGUACGGCGACGGCGUCAACUCUCCUCGGGUGGCUGCCAACGGCGAGGAACUUCCUAGCGCGCGGCUUCUUAGCACUCAGUUCGCUCAGGAGGCUGACAUUCCGUACGAGAACUACACGUUGCUCGUGAUGCAGUGGGGGCAGUUCCUCGAUCACGAUCUCACACACACGCCCAUCAGCAGGGGUCAGAGUGGGAGCGGGCUCUCUUGCUGCCGGGACGGUGACGUCAUCAAAUCGGAACUUCGCCACCCUGACUGCUUUCCGAUCCCGCUACCCCGGAAUGACCACAUCUUCGCCAAGUUCGGUGAGCGAUGUAUGGAGUUCGUACGAUCCCUUCCCGCGCCCCGCCCUGAGUGCAACUUCGGGCCCAGGGAACAGAUGAACCAAGUGACUGCCUACCUCGACGGAUCCAACAUCUAUGGCUCGAGCCAGGACGCUCAACGCGGGCUUCGCGAGGGUCGGGGCGGCCGACUGGCCAUCCAGAAUGUGGGCGGGCGACAGCUGCUGCCUGAGAACAGAGGCGAGUGCACUGAUGACACGGAGCGACUCGCCUGCUUCAAGGCAGGUGACACGCGAGUGAACGAGCAAGUGGAGCUCACGGUGAUGCACACGGUUUGGCUGCGCGAACACAACCGCGUGGCGGCUGAGCUGGCGAGGCUGAACCCCGAGUGGAGCGACGAGGCGCUGUUCCAGGAGGCGCGACGCGUAGUCGUGGCUGAGAUGCAGCACAUCACGUACAACGAGUUCCUGCCCCUUGUUCUCGGUCUCGACUACAUGGAGAAGUUCGAGCUGAGCCCGCGAGAUGGUGGGUUCACUGAGCUGUACGACGAGUCACUGAACCCGUCCAUAACGAACGCAUUCGCAACAGCCGCUUUUCGCUUCGGACACAGCCUCAUCCAGAGUCACAUGCAGGGAUUCUCUCGUUUUGGAAACGUGCGAGAGAAUUUGGAACUCAGCCACCACCAAUUCGCUCCCUUCGUCCUGUACGAGAACGGCGUAUUGGACGACUUCGUUCGUGGGUUGUCCACUCAAACGUGUCAGCGUUUUGAUCGCUUCUUCUCAAAACAACUGACAGACCACCUGUUUCAAGGCGACCUAGACUUCGGACUAGACCUGUUCGCACUUAACAUCCAGCGGGGCCGUGACCACGGGCUGCCUCCCUAUAACGACUGGCGGGAAGUUUGCGGUCUGCCGAGAGCGAGGUCUUGGGACAAUUUGCUCGACGUCAUGGACUCACAGAGUGUGGAGGUGCUGCGAGGUUUAUACAAAUCAGUGGACGAGAUCGAUCUGUAUGCAGCGGCCGUAGCCGAGAAGCCAUUGCCCGGUGCAUUGCUAGGGCAGACAUUCGUUUGUCUUGUAGGUGACCAGUUCGCCCGACUGAGGCGAGGCGACAGGUUUUAUUAUGAGGAAGGUAACCAGCCGUCCGCCUUCUCGCCGAAACAAGUUGAACAGCUGCGCAGGGCCAGUCUGUCAAGGAUCCUGUGCGACAACUCUGACGACAUUGCUGUCAUGCAGCCGCUGGCGUUCUUCCAGGCCUCUUUUGUGAACCAGAGAGUGACUUGUGCAAGUGAAUCCAUCCCUCGUGUUGACCUUAAUGCCUGGGCGGGUUAGCUCACGCGAUGAGCAACCGGCCCUGGUAAAGCCGCGAGGAAGUCAACUGCCUUCUGUUUGAUUAGACAGUUCCUGUUUUUAUCAAUUUACAGAUGUACUUCGAUGUAACAUAUCUACUGCCAAAUCUCCAGGAACAAUUCUCACCAUUGUGUCACAUCCUGAUGUGAGCCUCUUUUAAUAUUUUAAUACAGGUGUCCGCUUUCUUUGGUCAGCACUGUACAGCUCUGAGACCAUGGCCAAGACAUCACUAAGAACCAGUAAUGUGGUAAACUGGUCGCCCAUUACAAACAAAACAGUGGAAUAUUUAUUCUAGAAAGACCAUAUCUACAAGUCAUUUGCAGAUGUCACUAAUUAUUAAUUAAAUAUGUUUCCCCUAUAAAUAAUUUAAUCUGAGUAUACAAAAUUUUAUAUAUGUUUUCACUGCUUCGAAAGUUACAGAUCGACAGUCCAAGGUUAGAGUUCAGGUAUUUACAUGGUAUUUGAAUACAUGGCCAGCUAGAAGAAAUAAUUUUGUUUCCAGUGGUCGUUAAAUAGAAAUACUUCAUUAGAAUUGCUGCAAUUUCACUUGCAGUUCAAGUGAAAUGAGAAUUUAGACAAAUGUAGCCCGUGUAACUACGCAGAAGUUAACAUAUUGAUGAAAAAGUGCCCUUUCUCUAUGUCUGUAAUCUUUAAUGUUGAAAGCCAACAGUCUCACUCAGUGGGACUAAUAUUUAUCAGCAGAGAUAUGCAAAGCAAAGAAGAAACUAGAUAAUGUUUUUACCUUCUAAUGUCAAGAUAUAUAAGAAAAUAUUACUUCUUUUAUGUGUAAACGUACAAAUAAAACUGCCCUAUUCGAGCUGUUUACAUUGA